AUGUGGCACGAAGCACGGAAGCAGGAGAAAAAGAUCCGCGGCAUGCUGGUCGAUUAUCGGAAGCGUGCCGAGCGGAGACAGGACUUCUACGAGCGGAUUAAAGCCGAUCCGACGCAGUUCCUUCAAGUGCAUGGGCGCAAAUGCAAGAUCCAUCUGGACGCCAGCGUCGCGACAGCUGCCGAGAAUCCCGCAAUCAUGAUGCCCUGGCAGGGGCAGAAGGAAAACCUGAUCGAUCGCUUCGAUGUGCGCGCCCAUUUGGACUACAUUCCGCCGGUUCCGCGCUCGGAAACAACGGAUGCACCGACGGAGCAGGCGGACGACACCGAGCGCUCGAUGAACUAUGAACGGUUUCGGGUGCUGGCUCAGAACGAGUUCCUCGGAAUCGUCGAGGAAAAAUAUCUACAUCAGCUGCACCUGGAAGAGCAGUUCGGGGUGAAUGCGCAAGUGGAAGCGGAAACGAAAGCGGCUUCCGCCGCUUCGAAGAAAAAGUCCGCCGCCGGCGCUGCGAUCGGGUACACGUAUGAGGAAACCGACACGGUGGUCGCCGGCAGCUCUGGAACAGGUGGCUCUAUCGGCAGCUCAAUGGCAGGCACCUCGUCGUCGGUCCCAUUCGCCCAGUCCAUCACUGCCAUCGAAAAAUCGGCCGACUCGGCACCGCAGGCCGGGACUUCCGGUGCGGCUAGCUCUUCGGCGCGGUACGACGAGUGCAUGAAGGACGAAUCGGACUCCGAUCUCGACAUGGACGUGUCGAUCGACAUAAACAAGAUUGGCACGGUUCAGGCGCACGAGCUGAACGCGUGCGGUCGUCAGUACGGCAUGAAGAGCAACGAUUUCUAUUCGUUUCUCACCAAGGACGCCGACGAGGCGGACGCGCUGCGAAUGGCCCGCGAAGAGGAGCAGGAGAAGAUCAUGUUUAGCGGCCGCAAGAGCCGUCGGGAACGGCGGGCUCAGCGCGAGCGUAAGUUUGCCGGUCGACCACUCAGUCCGCCAAGUUACGCGGCCAAAGAGGAACUGUUACCACGGACCCUGGUGGAAACGAACGAUAGUUCCCGGUCACCGUCGCCGAUCAACUCGGGCAAAAUCACGUACAUUACGUCGUUCGGUGGGGAAGAUGAACUGCAGGCACACGGCAAGGUUUCGUUCGGUUUCAGCCGCGACAUGAGUACGCUGGGCGGGAUAGCGGCCGGCACUUCGAAGGCGGCCCGGUUGCGGGCCGAGGCAGCCGGUGGUGAAGCUGGCGGAGGUGCGUUGAGUUACGCGGAGAAGGUGAAGCAAAAUCUCGAAAAGCUUAAAGCCCAACAACCGAAGGAGAGCGACAAGAAGCCUCCGGUUCAGUAUCAACGGUCUGCCGAGACGAGCCGGGGACGACGAGGACGAGGCAGUAGUAGACGCAGCAGCAGCAGCGGAAGCAGCCGAAGUCCUCCACGGAGAAGCCGCGGGAGAAGGAGCUCACGCAGCAGUAGCAGUAGCAGCAGCGAUAGCAGCAGCAGUAGUCCUGCCUCUCGCAAACGGGGCACUGUGGCAGACAGGCGGCCGCAAAGAUCGCGAGCUGAAAAAACGGGUGACCGAAAUCGAUCGCCGGCAAGGGUUGGAGGGCCCAGCGCACGGUCUGGAGGACGACACGCGACGUACUCGCGCUACCGACGGCGCUCUCGGUCGUCUGCUUCACGAUCACGGUCCGUUUCACGAUCACGGUCUCGUUCGCGCACUCGCGGACGGAGACGCUCUCCACCGGCGCGGGCUCGCAAGGGCCAUUCACGACGUUCCUCCUCAUCUACCUCGCGUUCGUCACGAUCGCGCUCCCGGACUCCUGCGGGGCGCCGUCAGCGAACGCCAACUACUAGAGCACCGGGCGGUGGUGAUUCGUCUGACGGUUCACUCGAAAAGCCUCGCGCACCAACGGCAGGGGUUCCUCAGGAGCGAAAAGUGGCCACGCUCCCGACGAUUGUACCAUCCCCGAUCCUUACCGCAUUACCUCCACCGCCACCGCCACCACUGCCACCAGCGUCAACGGGUGCAUCACUUUCGACCGCUGGCUCGGCGGUAGUUGACGAAAAGAAACCGAUCCCUUCGCUGGCGUUGAUCGAACCCGAACCGGAAGUACCGAUCAAACGAUACUACGGCCGCCGACGGGGUGAUGAAAGUUCCAGCGACGACUCGAGCACGUCCGACGGUGAUCGUGACACAAACGGUGCUGCGGAAGAGCGGAAACCCGCACCACAGGCCUUGGCGGGGCACGAUCCACCGUGGGGUGACGGUGACGACGGCACUUCCGGCACUGGACCAGCAGGGAGCAGCAAGUUGGCAAGCGGUUUCACUGACACAAUGGUACAGAUUAAACAGGAAAAGCUGGACAGCUCUACUGGCCCGACCACUGCCAGCUGUGGGACUGGCGCGUCGUUAAGGUUUGGUAAAACGGUCCCCGGUGGCACGAGCGCACCCGAAUCCAAAGUCAGUACCGGAAUCGUUACUGGGGCGGCUUCUGCCUCGAAGCCUGGCUCGUCCGUUAAUCCGCGCGAUCGGUUGAAGCGCAAGAUGCAAAUACUGCUCAACAAACAAUAUAAAGCGGACAAAAAGGCGGAGAUCGAAAAGGUGGAACGCCAAAUUCAGCAGCAACAGGAGCGGGACGAUGAGAUGCGCGAGUUGGCGCUAAAACUGCGCCGCCGGCAGCGUGAACUGCGGCACAAGUAUGGCACCCCGGAAAGUGAUCACAGUAAAUCGCACAGUUCCGACGAGCGCAGCACGGGCGACGAGGACGAAGCUGCGGGUGGUAGUCACGUGAAGCAGCAGCCGCCGCCGCGAUUCGGCCACAGCUCGACAGCUCGCGAGGGUUCCCGGUCUCCGCAACGGCAACCGCUGCUCUCCUCUCCAUUGGCGUCGAUUGCCGCGCCGAGACUGACACGGCCUCCACCUUCGUUACGAGUAGAGUCCCUGUCGGCAGUACCUAGCUACAGGAACAGUGCGGUCAUCGAGCGGAAACCCGUUCUGAGAAGUGCCACCGAUUCCGGGCCAAGUCCACAGGUUCCACCGGUUACCAUGUACAGCGGCCCCGGUGGUGAUGUGGGACGCUUGCGUCGCCGAAAUUCUCCUGCAAUCGGUGGAUCGACGGGUUACAGGACGCAACAGUCCGUACCGGUGUCCUCCCAUUCAAUGAGCCUUCGUAGGGGUGCUGGUGGUGGUGGUGGUGUCCCAGAUACCGUUAGUGGGCCGGCAGGAUCUGGUCAUCGACCAAGCGCUCCUCCCGGUGGGGGCCGGUUUGAUGAUCGUAAUCGGCGACGGUCACCACCGACACGUUACAACCGGUCGCGAUCCAAGUCGCGCGAAAGGAUGCCUUCUGCGCGAGACACAUCUACGGCCCCGGGGCGUGGUAGGGGUGGGCGCCGCACGGAAUAUCCAGGUCGUUCCAGAGAUUACGAUCGGCCUCACGGUUACGCCGGUGGUGGUGGUGGUGGUGGCGGCGGAGGAUCACAUUCAGGUUUCAGUGCAAGCUCUAGUGGCGGCGGCGGUGGCGGCGGCGGCGGCGGUGGUCGCUAUCGUGGUGGAAGACGAUCGCGAUCUGGAUCGCGCGGCCGAAGAUCACGUUCGCCUGGUCGUCGUUCCGGAUCACCCGCCCGUGGACGUGGUAAUGGUGGCGGCGGUGGAGCACUGGUCGGAGCAGGCACAUCUAGUAGUAAGUCGGGAAGCACAAGCACCGCUAGCCGGCAGACGGAACCGAGGGCGGUUAAGAAAUUGGUGGACUACUGACACACGGGCACAAACGUGCUUUUCACUUCGCG